GUUUCCGUAAACUUACUGCUUCAACUCCUCGUCUGAAACCUUCAACAUCUACAACAGCUCCAACAAUUCCCGCAUUGUUUACCUGCAAGAGAAACAUAUGAACAGAUAUACUUAUAUCCUAAACAUAACAACAAUGGAAAAUGCUUUUAAGGAAAAUUUCCAUUCAUGUGUAAGAACAAUGGGACGCAAUCAAAUGUUAAACUGAAUCAACAUAUAUGAGUAAGAACAAUUGGACGCAAUCAGAUGUUAAACUGAAAAUUCGCAUAUUGGAAUUAAGCUGUAGCUAUAACCAUACCAGGAUAUCAAGCCUUCCAAAUUUGUUCUUGAUGAAUUCAGCUAGGGAAGCAACACUGGAUGAAUCAGCCACAUCAAGCUGAUGAAAGAGCAGAAUAUCAUCAGAAAAGCCAUCAGAUUCCUUGAGCUUCUGGACCGCUUCAAGACCCCUUUUCUCAUCUCUACCAGUCAACACCACAGUAAUCCCAUGAGAAGCUAAUUGUCUGCAUAUCUCAAAUCCAAUCCCUCUGUUUGCCCCUGUCACUACAGCAUACCUGCCACCCAAAAAAAAAAAACCCAGAAAACAGAAACACAGUAAAUCAAAGACGGUUACUUAAUAUAGUACAAUGAUUGAUCAACUACAGAUGCGCUUUAACAAAACAAUCAGAAAAUCUGUACUUGAUAUGUUUUGAUAAAAUAGGAAAAUAUUCUUUCAAGUAUAUCACCUUUUCUUGAUAUUUUCUCCCACUGAUUCUUCCAUAAUAACAAUGGGAGGUAGUAUUCACAAGUGUUUUGUGAUAAGUUUCAGUUCUUUGUCUAUUUGAUGAAGAUGAAGCUAAUGUUAAAAACUUGAAAGUAAGAGAAAAUACUCAAAUAUCUAUAUGGUCAACAGUCAUACUAAUUAUACUUGGCCUAAUUCUCCAAUCAACAAGAACUACCAAAAGCUCCAAAACCACUUAAUACUAUCGGCGCAUCUUGGACUUUUCUAAUUUGCAUUUGAGGUGUCAAAUGCUUUCAAGGAAGACAAAAACGAAGCUAUCACGCUUUUGUUUAUACAGUCCAAGUCACGUGUGUGGGUUACAUGGAAUUUAAAAAUCUCCUCACCGCUCACCAAAGUGGAAUUAUGGUUUCAUCGUACUAUAAAUAAAUUAAAGGUGAGAAUAUCCAACGCUAGUAUUUAAAAGAUUUUGCAACUGAACAACUUCAGCUUCAGCAAUGGCAGAACAGAAGAUUGCAGUGGUUACAGGGGGAAACAAAGGAAUUGGGUUUGAAAUAUGUAAGCAGUUGACAUCUCAAGGAGUUACAGUUGUUCUAACAGCCAGGGAUGAGAAGAAAGGCAAUGAAGCUCUGGAGAAGCUUCUUAAAGAUUCUGGGAUUUCUGAUAAAAAUGUGAUCUUUCAUCAGCUUGAUGUGAUGAACCCGGAUAGCAUAGCCAGCCUGGUUGAGUUCAUCAAGUCCAAGUUUGGAAAGCUGGACAUUUUGGUUAACAAUGCGGGAGUUAUUGGACUGGAGGUAGAAGGAGAUGCGACAAUUCUCCGAGAGAUCAUUUCAGGAGACGAGUUCAGGGUUCACGGAAAAGAAGCACCAAAGAUAAAAUCAGAUGGAAAAAUCAUUCAGACUUAUGAAAUGGCAGAAGAGUGCCUGGAAACGAACUACUAUGGUGUCAAACGCAUGACCGAGGCAUUCAUUCCGCUCUUGCAGUCAUCUGCUUUGCCUAGAAUUGUGAAUUUAUCUUCUUUCUUGGGGAAGCUCUUGGUAACUCUUCAGAAACACUUUUCGUGGUGGUUUCUAAUUAUCUAUACUAUUUCAGAUUUGUCAGUCUUUCAUGUAAUGAAAAAUCAAAAGUCAAAAAGGCAGCUCAGUUUCAAUCCUUUAAGAUUGAAACUUGAAAAGUUCUGCUGAUUCCUUUAUGUUCAACCAUGACAAUGCCAUAUGGAGUAGUCUAUAAACAUUCAUGUGUGUCUUGUCACAAAUUAUGAUACAUGAUCUUUGUUGAAACUAUGACAUCAACUUUUGAUCCUUCAUCAUCAGGUUAUUUUCUCUGAAUGUUUACUACAUCGUAUACGUUCAUACUGUUUCAGCUUAUAUCAAAUGAAUGGGCUCAAGGGGUACUUAGCGACGGCGAAAACCUAACAGAAGAAAGAGUAGAUGAAGUUGUAGCACAGUUUCUGAAGGACUUCAAGGAUGGUUCAGCACAAACCAAAGGUUGGCCAACUGCUUUCACUCCAUACAAAGUCUCCAAAGCAGCCCUAAAUGGUUAUACAAGAGUUCUAUCGAAGAAAUACCCGGAUUUCUGCAUCAAUUGUGUUUGUCCAGGCUACUGCAAGACAGAUAUAAACUGCAAUACUGGAUUCCUUACUUCUGCAGUGGGUGCUGAAGGUCCUGUGAUGCUUGUAUUGUUGCCUAGUGGUGGCCCUUCUGGCUCAUACUUUUUAAGGAAGGAGGUGACAACAUUUUAAUGAAAUAGACUUUUAAUUAUGAUCAGUACACAAAUACUAUUUGCUGAUGAAUAAGCAAUGCUUAUUUUCAGUACUAAAAUAUUGUAUUGUCAUUGGAGUUGUAUUACUUUGUUCUAUGUUCAGAAGCCUUCUUGUUUUUUCUCUCUCUUUUUUUUUUUUUUUUUUUUUUUUU